UUUAGCCACACUAACACGUACCCACCAUAUACUCCCACGUGUCAACCUUUCCUUUCUCCUCUCUUCAUGUUGCCUUUCUCCUAUUGGUUAACUCUUUCUCUUAUAUACAACCACCAACCCAUGUCCCUAAACCCUUCAUCAUCUGCCCCUUUGCACAUUUGCACUACCCCCCAAGAAAUAAUCCUUCUCCAAAAAUAAUAUAAUCCAAAGUUUUUUUUAAUAAGAUGAUUCAAACGUUAAAUAUACCAUAUUCAUCAAAAACUGAUGAAAUUAUGUCAAGGUAUAGACCAAUUGCACCUAAACCUGAGACUCCUGCUAAUUCUACUAAUACUAAUGGUAGUACAAGUAGUAGCUAUGAUGCACCAUUAGUCCCUGAGAAGUUCCGGCAAUCGCCGUAUUUGAGAAACAUGUGGUCUCAUCUCCAAGCUCGCCCUACUCGAACCCGUAAACGGGGUCGAGGGUCGGCUAUGUCACCUGCUGCUGCGGCCGCCUUGCUAAGGAAACAGCAAGAACAAGAGCAGCAACAACAACAACAAUCGAAUUUGGGUAGGAGAGCAGCAACAACUACUUUUAUGGGUUUAUGCUCUCCAACUCAUUUACCGUCUUCUGCUAGAAACUUGUCGAUCCAAGCAUUUGGACUUUACACGGAUCAUCAACAUAACAAUAACAGUAAAAAUAACCAUAACAAUGUUGUUGAGCUUCCGCUUCUGUCGUGUCCAAUGUUGAGCCUUGGAAACUACUCUAAGGCAAUCGAUUUGAACACGGCGGCAUUGGAAACGACAACGCUCGAAGACAGGGACUUACAGCUCCAAUUACAAGUCCCGAGCAGCGGCACCAAUAAAACUAGUGUCAUAUCGCCGCGGCCAAUCCGACCAGUAGGGUCAUGCAUUAGCAUCCUGGGGCCAAUCAGCGAUAACCCGGGAGCUUGGGUUAUCGCAAAGGCCCCAGAUGAGGCCGAGGCAGAAGCGGAGGCAGAGGCAUUGCCGGCUGUCAUAUCAGAUAGAAGCAACAAAGUCCGGAUGGUGAACUCGGCUUAUAAGGAGCUUGUCGGGCAACCCGAAUGCCCGUGGCUUGACACCAUGUGUUCGGGUGGUAGAAUUAGUGGGGAGGUAAUGCUUCAGUUAUCAGAGUCCGGUUUGCCGGUUUCGAGCAAGGGAUUUUCGUGUUGGGUAAAAAUAGAGUGGGAGAGUGAUGGUAAGAAGAAAUCGGUGAAUGCGUAUUGUGAUGUCGUUAAAAUGGUAUGUAUUUCAAAGGAUUAUGUUUUAUAUUGGAGGUUCCACACUAAAGAGUUCUCACCAUCCGGGUAAAAAGUUUAGGAUGGUUACCUAUCAAAACUCUUUUCUCGUCUUCAUUAAUAGUGUACAUUGAUGGAGUUAAACAAUCCUUAGGCAAAUUACAUGUAUGUAAAAAUGUAAUGUUAGUAGUAUAGAGUAAUAGACUAGUUAAGUAGAAUCUUAGAGAAGGAUAGUAAAAUAUAAACCAUUAAUUAAUAUAAAAGGUUUUUUCAUUU